AAUUGCACAACAUCUUCGGUUACCGCGCAAAAAGCGCAGCAAAGAGGUAACGGGCAUUGGAUCUACAACAACGAAAACGCAGCAAGUAUGCUGUGUUGUACUAAAAUCGCGCCAUACAGCAUUUUCGUCGACUUUGGAAGCGGUCAUCAUACCGACAAUAACUUCGUGUCAACCCAGCAAUCGUGUCAGCAUUGAGAAAUGGAAUUUGCCUAACAACAUAAAUUUGGCAGAUGAACAGUUCUACGAGCCAGCAACGAUCGAUUGUCUUAUUGGAGCAGCGUUAUUUUAUGAUUUGCUUCUCGUCGGUCAAAUCAAGCUGCGCAACAAUUCGCCGGUUCUGCAGAAAACUAAACUCGGUUGGAUAGUUUCUGGCAUCGCUAACACAUCUGCACCAAUAGCUUCAUCACCAAAAACCUCAUCGUUGAAUAAAUCAUCGGCCUAUAAGGCAUUUCUCACCAUGUCCGAAGAACGAGUUCUCGAUCAGCUGUUGCAAACCUUUUGGGCAUUGGAAGAACACCACACCAAUUCAUUAACGUCAGUUUCGCCAGAGGAGCAAGCAUGUGAAGAUUUCUUCGAAACAACCACAACCAGAUGUCCAAAAACCAACCAAUUCAUCGUUCGCUUACCGUUUAAAGAAGACCCCAGCAACCUAGGGCAGUCAUAUGACGCUGCUUUCAAAAGGUUGGUAUCUCUUGAGUAUAAAUUUUCUCGCAAUCCCGCACUCGCCAACACAUAUCGUGAAUUCAUCAACGAAUAUAUUAACAAGGGGCAUAUGACACUGCUUAAUAACCCCGAAGAGGCUCGUAAUUUAAUCCCCCACCACUGCGUCACAAAGGCGGACAGCAGCACCACAAAACUCCGUGUGGUCUUCGAUGCGUCGUGCCGAACUUCGAAUGGGAAGUCUUUGAACGACAUAUUGCUCGUCGGUCCGACGCUACAGGACGAUAUUUUCGCAAUCCUGCUUCGCUUUAGAGCGUACAAAUACGUGUUGAUGGCUGACAUCGCUAAAAUGUACCGCCAGGUACAAAUGAACUCAGCUGACUUUUCUUGGCAGUGCAUUUUGUGGCGAGAAUCACCGAACGCUUCUGUGCAAGUGUACAAGCUGCAGACAAAGUCUCUACAACAGUUGGCAAAGGACGAGGCAGAAUCGCUACCAAUUGGUUCAGUUGUUACGCUCAGAGAUUUUUACGUCGAUAAUCUCAUGACAGGUGGCGCCACCACUGAUGAAGUCGUCCAAAUUAGACCGCAAGUUGUUGAGUUGCUUAAACAUGGGGGCUUUCCCCUACGAAAAUUCGCCACUAAUGACAAUUCCAUCAUCUCUGACAUUCCCCAAGUUGACCGUGAAGAAAUCGUACAACUCGGUGACGUAGACUACAUUAAAACACUUGGGUUGAAAUGGUCACCAUCGAGCGAUAACUUCGUGUUCAGCUACACCGAAUCAUCGUCGUCUUCGAAAACAACAAAAAGAGCGAUUUUAUCCCAAAUUGCAAGCUUCUUCGAUCCACUUGGAUUAUUGAACCCUAUAAUAGUUUCAUGCAAAAUAUUAAUGCAGCAUCUAUGGGCACUGAAACUAGAUUGGGAUGAAAGUGUCCCACAAGAUGUUUACACCCAAUGGCAAGAUCUUCGUCGGCAGCUAUCUCUGAUAUGCCAGCACGAAGGCUUCGGCGCCUGCAUCUACAUGGUCACACGCGAUUCUAAUGGUACGACGUCAUCGUUGCUGUCCGCUAAGUCUCGUGUAGCUCCAAAGAAGGAAGUUAGCUUACCUCGACUUGAAUUGUGCGUUACAUUGCUGCUGGCGGAACUGCUCAAAUCAAUUAUUGACAUAUUUUCACCAAAUCCUGGAUCAAGGGAGAGCCGUCGCGUUGGACAGUAUUCGUUGCGAACAGAGUAA